AUGGAGCUGAAGUUUAUUGGUUACAAAAAGCAACGUUUCAGCUCUAUUUUCACUGCCUGGAGCCUCCAGAAUGGUGCUGUGGACUUUGCGUCUCUCCAUGAAGGAAACAAUAAUAAAAUGUACCAACCGGCCUCUAACGUGGUGACGAUGCAGCCGGGACCUGUGUCCUAUCAGCCCCCCCAGAAGGAUUAUUUGGUUUGGUCCAUCAUUAACCUGAUCUGCUGCUGUCUGCCGCUCGGGAUCGCCGCCCUCAUCUUCUCCAUCAAGACCCGCGAUGCCACUCACCAGAAUAACGCCUCCCUGGCCGCCAAGCACUCCGGCACCGCCAAAAACCUGAAUAUCGCCGCCACAGUGAUCGGCGUGGUUGUAACCAUCAUCUUUCUGAUCCUUUACUUUGUCGUUAUUUUACACUAUAAGCCUCCCGAAUAACACCCCCGAGAGGGAAAAUAUUCAAUAAAAUCCUCUUACACUCC